UAUAUACCGUAGAAUUCCUUCUCGACGUUUGGUACCUAUAAACCGGAAGGGAGGGAGGACGUAGGAACUGAAUGGAUACACCACCGCCGCCUUUUGUGCUAACUAUGUGGUCGUACUCCAUGCAUCCCCAUCCGGCCGCUAUAAGUUGAGCAGCACACAGCAGCGGCCUCCCCUGAGUUCCAAGUCCGUAGAGAGCACUCCCAUCCCAUGGCGUCUGGACAACCGGCCGUGCAGACCUUGGUUCUGAGGGUUUCCAUCCACUGCCAUGGCUGCAAGAAGAAGAUCCGCAAGGUGCUCAAGAGCAUCCAAGGCGUGCAGGACGUGGAGGUAGAUGCCCAGCAGCACAAAGUGAUGGUGACGGGCACCGUGGACGCCGAGACGCUCGUCAAGAGGCUCUGCAAGUCUGGCAAGCAGGCACUGCCAUGGCAACACGAGCCCGCCGCGCCUGCCAAGAACCCCGAGGCCUCACCGCCGGCCACUCCGGCUCAGGACGGCGGCAAGGACGAUGCUGCUGCGGCGGCGGACAAGAAGCCAGCGGAGCCUGUGAAGGAGCCGCAGGCCGACGACAGCUCGGACAAGAAGCCGGAGCAGGAGGAGACGGCCCCGGAGAAGACGCCUCAGACGGACGAGGAAGCAGAGUCUGAGAAGAAGGAGGCUGAGAAAGAGGAGGCGAAAGCAAGCGACGAGGCAAAGGAAGACGCCGGCGACGGCGAGGGCCCAGCGGCCGAGCCCAAGGCAAAGGAGGACAUAAAGGACGCCGGCAGUGACGAGGGUGAGGCCAGGAAGAAACAGAGCAAGCCCGACGCCGCACCCGCCGCCGACAGGUCCCUCUCUCCGGCGCCGGAGCACGCGCACCAGGAGUUCAGCCCGUACAACGCGCCGCAGCCGGUGAUGAGCUACCACACGGCGCAGCCGGGAACGAGCGUGUCCUACUACGCGCCGCAGCCGGAGCAAGGCUACACCAUGCGGCAGCAGCCCGGGUACUCCUCCGUCAUGCAGCCGCGGCACCCACCGACGGCGCCGCAGCAGCAAUGGUCGCCGUCGUACCUUUACAUGCCGUACCCGCACGCGUCGCCGGAGUCGUACUACCAGGACUACUACAGCCCGCCGGGGACGCACGCGCCGCCACCACCUCCGGCGCCGCUCCAGGACUCGUAUCGCCUGCUCGACGACGAGAACCCCAACUCGUGCAGCGUCAUGUGAUUUUUUCACCGACACGUACGGCGUACGGCACAGCGCGGCUCCGGCUAGCCACCGGCGGCAGAGUAGCUAAGAAGACGGCUUCGUAAUAUAUAGAGACCUCUCUGGUUGUAGCUAGAGUAGCUUGUUACCUCUUCCACGAUUGGGAGGUCAAAGCUCUCCUUGUUCCUCUUCUUUUUUAUUAUUGUUAUUACUGUUCUAAAUGUAUAGAGCAUGUAAUUGUGGUGGAUUGACGGACGUAUUCAGACGUGUCUACGAGUCUUUAUAUCCUUA